UUAAAAACAAUAAAACAAAAUACUCUGUAUUUUCUUCCCGACCCCGUCUACGGUCUCCAAUGGCGGUAAGAAUCACAAGAGGCAAAGUUUGAUUGCCAAAUAAGAUCACAUAACAACUCAAAGGGGGGCAAAUUAUAACUUCUAUCACGUAACGCAAUUUAUUCUCCCCCCCCCCCGACAAGUACUACGAAAUUAUUUUUAUUAUUACUACUCUUUUCGUUAAAAGCCAAAUCUUCUUCUUUUAACACCUUCCCAUUUCAGAUCCACCAGCAGAAACAAAAACCCCAAUCUUUUCUCUCACGCUAAAUUUACCAAACCUCAGCUACAACUACAAUUGAUUUUUAUUUGAUUUUUGGUUUGUUUGAAAUUUGUGAAUGAUGUGGAGCUCCAUUGAGAAUUUGAAGCAAAACCUAGAAAAGAUUGCACUUGAUGUUCAUGACGACGACGAGGAUCUGGAGAUCCAUGCUUCCACCAAUGGCUACGAUUCGUCGGUAUCUGAUCGGAGGAAUUCUCACCGUUUCGCGCAUUCGAAGUCGGUCUCACCGUCUCCUAUUGCGAAUGGGAACGACUCACCGUACAAUUUUGAGAUUGAACAGUACAAAGCACAAAUCAAAAGGCUCCAGGAAUCUGAAGCGGAGAUUAAAGCAUUAUCUGUGAAUUAUGCAGCUAUAUUAAAAGAGAAAGAGGAUCAGAUUUGUAGAUUGAACCAAGAAAAUGGUUCGUUGAAGCAAAAUUUGGAUGCGACAAAGGAGGCUCUUUACGUGUUUAGAAAUGAGCAUCGAAGAGCAUCAACAAGUAGCAUCAAGGAAAGUGGUGACCAAUCACCCAAACGACCACAUAGACAUGCAACUCAAGCAAAAAACCAUGGUGAAAAUCAAAUACAAAACGGAGUCUUUCCAAACCAUGAUGGAAUGGGCAAUGGAAUAUUACAUGAUGUUCAACCUGAUGUGAUUCAGAGUCAGAUGGAAACCAAGAAGGACAAGGAGUUUGCAGAUUUGCUGGAGGAGAAAAAUAGGUCCCUGGCAGCAAUGAAAGCUACUCAUGAGUUGGAAAUAAAGGAGCUAAGAACCGAACUUGAAAAUGAACGCCGCAAAUCAGCAAAUAUACAGAUAAAAUUGCAAGAGGAACAAAGUAUUAACAAAUCUUUUCAGGAGGAGCUCCGGAUUCUAAAUGUGGACCAUCACAAAACCUCAGUAGAUGUGAGCAAAAUUCAUAAUGAAUUGAACGAAAAAACAUCAGAGAUAAGACGAUUGCAGGUAGCAUUAAGUAGGUGGGAAGAUGAAGAUCCCAAUGUCAAUGUAAAGAGUUUGAAAAGAGUCAUUGCAACUUUAGAGAAGGAAAAUGCUAAUCUCAAGAUGGCAAGGAAUGAACUUGAGGCUGCUUUGAAAAGCAAGAACUCAUCUCCUAAUGAAACUUCUCCAGAUGAGAAAGUGGAUUCAACUACAACUUCUCCUAGAAAAGUGGAAAUGGAGCUAUUGCUGCAAAAAUUGGAGAGAGAUUUGAAGGAUACACGCCAUGAAAAGGACAAAGCAUUGCAACAAUUGGCCCGUCUCAAACAGCAUUUGUUGGAAAAGGAAUCUGAAGAAUCGGAAAAAAUGGAUGAAGACAGUAAGAUCAUUGAAGAACUCCGUCAGAGUAAUGAAUAUCAAAAGGCUCAAAUAUUACAUUUGGAGAAAGCUCUAAAGCAGGCAAUUGCAGGCCAGGAGGAAGUCAGGAUGAUGAACAGCAGUGAAAUCCAGAAGUCCAAAGAAAUGACUGAAGAUUUGAAAAAAAAACUUGCAAACUGUAUGAGCACAAUAGAAUCAAAAAAUGUUGAACUUCAAAAUCUUCAAACUGCUCUUGGGCAGUAUUUUGCUGAAGUUGAAGCAAAGGAAUAUUUGGAGCGACAGUUGGCUUUGACAAAAGAAGAAUCAGCUAAGCGUUUUCAACUUUUGAAAGAAGCAGAGGCAGGGACAGAGGAAUCAAAGAGGGAGAAAGAAGAAAUUUUAGCCAAGCUUUCAGACGUUGAAAGGAAGUUUGCAGAAGGGAAGAGCAGAGUGAAUAAACUCGAGGAAGACAAUGCAAAACUCCGUCGUGCUUUUGAGCAGAGUAUGAGCAGACUCAAUAGGAUGUCCAUGGAUUCUGAUUAUCUAGUUGACAGGCGCAUUGUGAUUAAAUUACUAGUGACCUACUUCCAGAGAAACCAUAGCAAAGAGGUUUUGGAUCUUAUGGUUCGAAUGCUUGGGUUCUCAGAUGAAGACAAGCAGAGAAUAGGUGUAGCUCAACAAGGUGGAAAAGGUGUUGUUCGGGGGGUUUUGGGGCUACCUGGUCGCCUAGUUGGUGGAAUCUUGGGUGGAAGUGCAGCUGGUGUUCAAAUGAAUUUGGCAUCCGAUAACCAGUCCUUUGCAGAUAUGUGGGUUGAUUUUCUUCUCAAGGAAACUGAAGAAAGGGAAAAGAGGGAAUCUGGGCAAGAUACAAAUGCUAGUGGGGUUAGUUCGUCGGUGCCCAACCAUGGAACUAGCACAUCUGGACCAAAUCUUUCUCCAGCUCAAAAUCAUGGUCCUGUAGCCCCUCAAGGAAAUUCGCUGCCGUUUGCACAUAUCGAUUCCGAGUUCUCAACAGUUCCUUUAACAUCCUUGGACAACCCUUCUCGGAUCUCAAGACUGCUCCCAAAACAUUGAGAAUAUGCUGAUUUAUUAUGUAAUUAAUCAAAGGUGUAGGUUGUUCGUUGGUGUUCAAUCAAUUCUUUCACGGUGAAAUGAAAAGCGUCUCUUUGCCCCAAAUAGCUAUCUCGUGGUCAUUCUCCAAUGUUAGCACGCUGUCACAUAAUAAUAACAGUACAACCUCUCUAUCUUAAUGGCAGAAAGCAAUAUUCCUUCCA